AUGAUCGUCUCAGGCCAGUUUGCAAGUUUCAUCCCAGAGAUCACAGACAUCCUGGGCAGCAGGAGCAAGUACGGAGGAUCAUUCAAAAAAGAACAUGGCAAAAGACACAUUGUACUGUGCGGCCACAUAACUUACGAAUCUGUCUCCAACUUCAUGUCGGACUUCCUUCACAAAGACCGAGAGGACGUUGACGUUGAAUUAGUUAUCAUGAACAGGAAGGAACCAGAUCUAGAACUGGAAGGCCUUUUCAAACGACAUUUCACACAGGUCAAAUUUUUUCAAGGAACUGUGAUGGACGCUAAUGACUUGCACAGGACUAACGUGAAAGAAGCAGACGCCUGUUUGGUUCUGGCUAACAAGUACUGCGAGGACCCUGACGCCGAAGAUGCCGCCAACAUUCUGCGAGUCAUUUCGAUAAAGAACUAUCAUGAUGACAUCAAAGUUAUCGUUCAGCUGCUUCAGUACCACAACAAAGUGAAGUUUGCUCUUCGUUCGUAUUUUUUGUUUGUCGUAUUCAGUUUGAGGAUGAGCAUCGAAUCCUACCUGCUGAACAUUCCAAGUUGGGAUUUGAAGAGAGGGGACGACGCCGUCUGCCUGGCAGAACUCAAGUUGGGUUUCAUCGCUCAGAGCUGCCUGGCACCUGGCUUCUCAACGCUGAUGGCCAAUCUAUUCACAAUGAGGUCCUACAAUCCGGAGAGUGUGGUUAGUAUCUUUGAAAAUAUUUGUUACAAAACGUAA